AUGGUGGUGCACAAAAUGAGUACAGAGAGUCCCGUGGUGAUCACUGACGCUGAGGAUGAUUCUGAUUUGGAGUGGGUGCGCUGUGAAGGCGACCUAAGGUCCACCUCUCCACAGGUCGCUGUUGAUGACGAUAGCGAUUUUGCGAUAACGGCAUCGAUAGAGAGGACCCCGACGGAUGUGGUGGUUGUGGAUGACGAGCCCAUCACUAUCACGAGCACGCGUGGCAACGACGACACUGAUGAGAUAACAGUGUUAGAGGAGAGGCCCGCCCCACCACCGCCAAAUACUACGGAACUGUAUUUGCCCGGGAGAAACGUAAUGCAUAUUAGGACGGCACAAAGUGAUAACCCAAUACCAACCUCUUUCAGAAACUUGAGAAGGGACGACGGUGGUUCCGGUGUCGGGGAAGAGCUGAGGAGGAGUAGGAGAUUGCGAGAGAGGCCAAGAUGGGGUGGACGGAUGACUCCCAGAGCGACAGAGAGAGGACAACGAAGAAGGCGCUCUUUGUUUGUUAACGAUGAUGGAGAGGAUAUUUCGCAAAACCCGCGGUUUAUGAGUAUGCUGAUGACGAUGGACCCAGAAUACACCUCAGGGAACCAUCCGGCAGCAUUAGACGAGGAUCCACAGCGAAGAAGAAUACGAGCAAGAAUUAACAGUUACCCACCGAAUAUACAGAGCACGUUCCACUACGCCCAGUCGUUACCGGAGUUCACCUACAUUGUGCAAAACACGGACCCCAUCACUUUCGCAGAAUGUCGCGAUGAUUUGACAAACUUGUUCAGUCAAUAUCAAAGUAUGCAGCAUGACGAUCGGAUGCGCAAUGUCGGGCAGCAAGGAAGCAGACAAAGCGAACCACGACACGGCACCAACUACAGUCAAAGAAGUGCAGUAUCGCAUUCAAACAACAGGUACUUUUACCCAGAAUUCAACCAAUACGAGAGUGAUGAGGCCCGUGCGCAGUCUCUGCUGCCAAGAAUACACGAUUUCCUGCAGAUGAGAUUGAUGGGUUAUCCUAAUGACGACGAGGAAACCACAACGCAGAAUAUUAUCAGUAUGAUACAAGAGAGGGAGGAUACGGAAAGAGACACUAGGGUCAAGAACUUCACCGAUAAAUCAAAACCGCUUCUUAAGAGUAUACUAAAGGAGGCAAAGUCCCUGCCUAGCAAUUACAGUGCGAGCUUCCACUAUCCCAGUUCUCCUUCAAAACCACAAAUACCUGGAGGUUCCACCUCAGAAACGGCCGAGAGUGAGGAGGUCUCGUGCUGUGUCCUAUGCGGUAGCGAGUUAGGUGUUGGGAUACCAGACAGUUUUAUUGGGAGGAGCGCGGAAGAUCGGGACCUGGACUUCUCGUCGUUGAUAUCCAAGUACAGCUUCCCGUGCCCUUACCAGAGUUUGAUCAGACCCAACCAGCUGGACAGAGACCUGUCGAAACGAACAUUCAUGUCCAAAUGCGGGCAUGUGUAUUGCGGGCGGUGCUUUGCCAGGAUCGAUAACGCAAAGGCGAAAUCAAAGAUAUCGAAGAAGGAAUUGGCCUCAUUGAAGGGCUGUUCCAACCCAAACAUAUAUGGUCCUCGUAUUUGUGUGGCUGACGGUUGCACUGCUGUCAUCAGGGCAAAGGCUAGGUUGAGAGAACUGUAUUUUUGA